GGGGGCGGGGCAUGGGGGCGGGGGGGAUGCCGUCCGGCUACCACCGCUGCUGGGCCGCCCAAAGCCGCAAGACGACCAGGCAACGAGCCCUCCUGGCUCCACAAGGAGUGCCACGACGCGGACACACGGCGCUCCCAAGCCGGCCGGCAGGGUAGCUCUUCACUCCCUCCUCCUCCUCCUCCUCUUCACCCUCCUCCUCUUCCUCCUGCGGGACAGACAGCAUCCUAUGCGGCUCAAGAUGGCGGUGCAGGGAGCAGAAAACGAGGCGAUUAUGGUGGAGGACGAGCAGCUGAACGACUCGUUGGGGCGCGUCGGCCUCAUCUCACCUGACAAGGAGGAUCUUGCACGGCUCCUGACGGUGCCCUUCAGCGGACGCAUCCGGGGUGGCAUGAGGCCCGGCAAGAAGAUCAUCGUGAUGGGCAUCAUGGACCUGGAGCCAGACAGUUUUGACGUCAGCCUGACCUGCGGCCGGGACAAGGGCGAGGAGGACGCGGCGUACGACGUGGCCCUCAAGCUCACCGCCCGCUUCUCGGACCGCCAGUUCCUGCGCAGCGCCCGCGUGGCCGGCAAGUGGACCGAGGAGGAGGCCUCCACCGCCUACUUUCCUUUCAUCCCAGAUCAGCCUUUUAGGGUGGAGAUCCACUGCGAGCACCAGAGGUUCCGGAUAUUCGUGGACGGACACCAGCUCUUUGACUUUUACCACAAAGUAAAAUGUUUGGCCUCAAUCGACACGGUGCGGAUAGACGGAGACCUACAGAUCACCAAGCUGGGCUGACCGCGCACGCACACAAAAGCUUGGCAGGUUGGGUUUUGUGUGCAUGAAGGACUUGAGCACACACUCACUCACACACGCGCGCACGUAACUCCUUUUUCCCCUCUUUUCAUUAUUUCUCAGGUUUUAGUUUCAUCAAAUCUCGAAACAUCCCUGCUUGCUAUUUUCGGUUUUUCUUCCGGAAAAAUGAAUGCGUUUUUUUUUUCAAUUUGAAAAAAAUAAAUAAUAAUAAUAAUAAUAAUUUUGGAAUUAAAAAAAAUAGGAUUGAUUAUUUAAUUAGAAAACAUUCAUUUUUAAACAUUAAAUUGCAAAUGUUAAAAAUGUAAAGCUUACAGUGUCUGUACUUUCCAUUUCCAUCUUUUUUGUUGAUUUUCUUUCUUUUUUUUUUCAUUUUCCCAGUAUAACACAAUUAAAAUGUUUUUCAUUUUUCAUUUAAUUAUAAAUAUUCUGAAAUGAUGUUCCUUUAUUGCCAUUUUCUUUCUUUUAUAACUGCUGAAACCUUUUUUAAUGUAUUAAAAACAAUAUUAAGGCGAAUUCAAUUUUGGGUUAAAAUGUUAUCAUAUUUGUCAUUUUCACAUUUUUUAAUUUGAUAAAAAAAGUCAUUUUAAAUUAAAUUUUAAAAAAAAGGAAAAGCUCACAGCAUCUGGAUUUGCCAAUUCCAUAUUUUCAUUUCCAACAUUUGAAUAUUUUAAAUUUAAAAUGGGAAAAUGUGUAGAUCACAGCAUCUUUUGUUGCCAUUUCCAUAAUUUGAAAUGGAAUCCAAAAAACAAAAAAACACGUAAUCUUAAAUUGAAUUAAAAAUUCCAAACUAGCAGCAUCUCUCAUUCUUUUAGGAAUGCUGACGUCACUUGAGUGCUUCCAAAAGACAUAUUCUCAUCCAAUGUACGAGCAUAUCUCGUUGGGCCGCUGUCAUGACUCUUUACUCACACGGGCAUCGACGUCUUUUAUAGCAAGAGUAAAUCUCCGUUUACAUUUGAUUGCACUAAAAGUCACAUCGCAAACAUGAGUCGAGUAUUCCAGCCACGUCUUCUUUUCCUGGCGUCCCUCUGGGUUCCCCCCCGCGCUCCCCCGUGGUUGUCACAGCAACACAUGACCUAAAUAGUCUAAAUGGAGGAUGAGUCCUCAUGGGAAGAGGAAGCCAAACAGGAAGUAGAAUUGUGACUGGUGGGCAUUUUGGAUGGGAAUUUGCAUUUUUUUUUCUUCAGUCAUAUUUCUUUCGGUGUAAAAGAACAACCAGCCUUCACGUGAGUAAGAUAUGCAAAGGAUCAUAUAACCUGUCGUGUUUUUGGACAUGAUUGGAGGUGCAGCGUUGUAAUUUGGUGGUGUCGUGAGGUGAUGAUGGCGAACUUUGGGUUUGAGCUGCCGGUCAUGUUUUGAAUGUAUGCUGUUUUUUGGUAAACCUCCUUUGAGUCAUUCCACGUACAAGUAUUUUCCACAUUGUGUGACACCCUAACCUAUUCCAAAAUGGAUUCAGUUCACUAUUCUUCUUCUUUUUGUUUGACUCAACGUAACAAGCGCAUCCAUGCACAGGCGCGAGUUACAGCGGCCACUCGCCCAGAGUCGCUCAACACGCAGACUGGAUAACUGUUAGCUAGUUAACAGCUAGCCGCUAUUAGCCAACCACAGCCAAUUCUACACUGUCAUUUGGCCCGCCUCUUCAAGCCACACACAUUCAAAGUCGCAGAUACGACAGUGCAGAACGUGAGGAUGGCGAUCCCAAGUGGACAAAAGGAAUAUGCAUAUUUUGGAUUGGUAUGAUGCAUACAGCUUUAGAAUGUAUAGAAAUGAUCCAAUCAAUCUAUUGUCGCUACUUGGCGGACUUUCGUCCGCCGUCGCAGGUUAGGGUUCUGGAACGUAGGCCCCGCGAUAAACGCCGGACUGCCGUAUUAACUUUGCAAACGGAUUUACAGGGUGUGUGUGCCCCUAAGAUUUGAAUGGAGUUCCCAUCUUUUUCGUGUUGUCCGUUUGGGGUGUUGUGUGUAGAAUUGGAUUCAGGCGGUUUUGGAACAAGGCUGCGACAAAAUGUAGGAAAAGUGAGAAUAAAGACGCACUGUAUUCUACAUGCUUUUCGUUGGGCUCAAACGAUGGGAGGCAAGUGCCAAAGUAACUUUACUCCUAUCAAUCUUUUUCCUUUUUCUUUUAAAUCAGUAACUACGCAUCACACGCAAGCAUUCACAAAAGGAGAUCCACAAGAAUGUUCAUGACUUUCAAGGCCAAAUGAGACUCUUCUUCUCUCCAGCUCCUUCUUCUUUUUUUAGUCCAGCCUGUUGCAUCAUGGCCGCAGCAGCCGGGACAAAACGAGCUCUGCGUGGCUCGGGCGCGCUUGGCGUCCUGCCGCGGCCUUACAGUACGCUGCUGUAAUGACACGUUGUGCUUGCAAGCAUUUUUAACAAGCACAUUCGCUCAUGUAGGGAAAGAAAUAAUUGUAACGUGUUUCUUGUCGACUUUGGGGAGAAAAGUGUGUCAAACGGGGAGUGUUUCUUGUGGUGUUUUUGGUACUACUACACUUUUAACAAGUUGAAGACUGUUUCUUUGUGCCGAAAUUAGGACCCGAGUCAAGCGUUUAAUGGAUGCUCAAUGAUGAAAUGAGUGUUCCUAUCCCAUAGAGGAGAAUCUUCUUUACACAAUUGUCUUCAUCUUAAACUUCCUAACUGCAGACUAACGUCCUGUCCUGUUUUUCCGCACCUGCAGCUUUUACAUUUCGUUUUUGACACUGACCCUAAAGACGUCUUUCUCGUACAGUUGUUCACUAAACCAUUCAUCUUCACCAAUUCAGGUUUCCAUCUACAGUGGUGCCUUGAGAUACGAGUUCUUUCGUUUCAUGACGCUUGUCUCUCGACCAAUCCCAUUGCAUCCGAAUGGAAAUGCAAAAUAGCAUUCUAAAAUGUUUUACAGUUAUGAUAGAAUUAAAUAGAGUGUCAAGAAUUCAACCGUUGACAUUGUGCUACUCCUGGUGUUCACACUAUGGCCACCUGGGGGCAGUAUAAUACAGACAUGGAGAUGGAGGAGACGUCACAACUCCUCAGCAGUAAUAAUAGUCGUUUUCAGAGCAUAAUAUUUGCCUGUGAGUAUUGUUAUAUUAUCUGUCUACAGUCAAGAGAAACUGUUCACUUUGUGCAAAACCGCUGCUUUUUGUGACGUGAGUUCAGUUCACUGCCACCGCGCGGCUCUUCUCUCCAAUUUUUGCUCAAAACCAGAAAUUGGCCAAGUGACAGCUCGUCUCUUGUAAAACUUGUAACUCGUAUCUCAAGGCAUCAGUGUAUUUCUUUCACGGGGGGAAAAUAUGAAUGUUGUGCUCCUGAUUGUAAUUUGAUCGUCAAUAAACAGCAGUCCAAGUAUAUAUUUCACACGUCUUUGUAAAGUAGAUGUCACGUUUUGCCACUGAUUUAUUUGACAUCUGUGCAUGCUAUUGGACUUUAGAUGUACACAUUUAUAAAAUAAUGAUUUUGUUUUAAAAUAACUUAGGAGGCGAGGUACAAGCAGAAAGCUUUUUUUUUUUUGUACACGUGACUAAUUGAGGCAUUCAGAUGAUGAUGAUCAAAACAUUUUAGGACUUCCUCGAAGGUGGCACAAACUCCAUGACGUGUCCUGUAUGUAUUGUGGUGUUUUUAUUUAUUGCAGCCUGACCAGCAGUGUGUGGAUGUGUGCGCGAUGAAAACGUUGUGGUAUAUUUUAGGAAAGGCUGCAGGCAAUUUUUGGGGGUGUGUUCAAAAUAAACAAGUCUCAUUUUUCUGCAUCGGGGUAUCCCCCCUGAAAUAACCUCAAACUACUCCACUGCUGUUUUUCGACCAGUCCACGGCUUCUGCAAAUGUUUCUCUUCCUUGUGCUGCUUUUGUAAAUAAAAAAAAAUGUCAAAUUCUUUUGAAAACCAAUAAAUAGAUGUUCUUGGUA